CCUGUUUUUCCCCAUUGCUCAGAUGUAUGGCCGGUACACUCAGGACCUUGGGGCUUUUGCCAAAGAGGAAGCUGCUCGGAUCCGCCUGGCAGGGCCGGAGCCCUGGAGGAGCCCGCUGUCCCCUCCAGCUCCCCUGGAACUCCUCGAAUACGGACAGAGCCGCUGUGCCCGGUGCCGCAUCUGUUCCGUACGCUGUCAUAAGUUCCUAGUAUCCAGGGUUGGUGAAGACUGGAUCUUCCUGGUCCUGCUGGGGCUCGUCAUGGCGCUGGUCAGCUGGGCCAUGGACUAUGCCAUUGCCGCCUGUCUGCAGGCUCAGCAGUGGAUGUCUCGAGGCUUGAACACCAGCCUCUUGCUCCAGUACCUGGCCUGGGUCACCUAUCCUGUCGUCCUCAUCACUUUCUCAGCCGGAUUUACACAGAUCCUGGCUCCUCAGGCUGUCGGGUCCGGCAUCCCCGAGAUGAAGACCAUCUUGCGGGGCGUGGUGCUAAAGGAAUACCUCACCCUCAAGACCUUUGUGGCGAAGGUCAUCGGGCUGACCUGUGCUCUGGGCAGUGGGAUGCCCCUUGGCAAAGAGGGCCCUUUUGUACAUAUCGCAAGCAUGUGUGCUGCGCUGCUCAGCAAGUUCCUCUCCCUCUUCGGGGGCAUCUAUGAGAAUGAAUCCCGGAACACAGAGAUGCUGGCCGCUGCCUGUGCCGUGGGAGUGGGCUGCUGCUUUGCAGCACCGAUCGGAGGUGUCUUGUUCAGCAUUGAGGUCACCUCCACCUUCUUCGCGGUGCGGAACUACUGGCGGGGCUUCUUUGCUGCCACCUUCAGUGCCUUCAUCUUCCGGGUCUUGGCGGUCUGGAACCGUGAUGAAGAGACUAUCACUGCUCUCUUCAAAACCCGGUUCCGGCUUGACUUCCCCUUUGACCUCCAGGAGCUGCCAGCCUUUGCUGUCAUUGGUAUUGCCAGUGGCUUUGGGGGGGCGCUCUUUGUCUACCUGAACCGGAAGAUUGUCCAGGUGAUGCGGAAGCAGAAAACCAUCAACCGCUUCCUCAUGAAAAAACGCCUGCUCUUCCCGGCUCUCGUGACCCUGCUCAUCUCCACGCUGACCUUCCCCCCUGGCUUGGGACAGUUCAUGGCUGGACAGCUGUCACAGAAAGAGACGCUGGUCACCCUGUUUGACAACCGGACAUGGGUCCGCCAGGGCCUGGUGGAGGAGUUAGAGCCUCCCGGAACUUCACAGGCCUGGAGCCCUCCACGUGCCAAUGUCUUCCUCACCCUGGUCAUCUUCAUUCUCAUGAAGUUCUGGAUGUCGGCCCUGGCCACCACUAUCCCAGUACCCUGUGGGGCCUUCAUGCCUGUCUUUGUCAUUGGAGCAGCAUUUGGGCGUCUGGUGGGCGAAAGCAUGGCCGCCUGGUUCCCAGAUGGGAUUCACACGGACAGCAGCACCUACCGGAUUGUGCCUGGGGGCUAUGCAGUGGUGGGAGCGGCUGCACUGGCAGGAGCAGUGACACACACGGUGUCCACAGCUGUGAUCGUGUUUGAGCUCACAGGCCAGAUCGCCCACAUCCUGCCCGUCAUGAUCGCCGUCAUCCUGGCCAAUGCUGUAGCCCAGAGCCUACAGCCCUCACUCUACGACAGCAUCAUUCGAAUCAAGAAACUGCCUUAUCUGCCUGAGCUGGGCUGGGGCCGCCACCAGCAGUACCGGGUGCGAGUGGAGGACAUCAUGGUGCGAGAUGUUCCGCAUGUGGCCCUCAGCUGCACCUUCCGGGACCUGCGGUUGGCUCUGCACAGGACUAAGGGCCGCAUGUUGGCCCUAGUUGAGUCCUCUGAGUCGAUGAUCCUCCUGGGCUCCAUUGAGCGCUCACAGGUGGUGGCACUGCUGGCGGCCCAGCUAAGCCCAGCCCGCAGGCGGCAGCACCUGCAGGAGCGGAGAGCCGCCCAGACUCCUCCGCCACCCGAUCAGGAGAGCCCCCCCAGCCCUGAGAGCUCAGUCCGCUUCCAGGUGAGCACAGAGGGCUCGGGCUUCCCUGCAGCCCGGGGGGACACUCACAAGCCCCUGAAGCCUGCUCUCAAGAGGACAUCCAGCAACUCCAUGAGCCUCAGAGAGAGUCCCCCAGGGAAUGUGGAGCAGGCUGGCAUCGCCCUCAGGAGCCUCUUCUGUGGCAGUCCGCCCCCCGAGGCUGCUUCAGAGUUGGAGAAGUCGGAACCAUGUGACAAGCGCAAGCUGAAGCGGGUCCGAAUUUCCCUGGCAAGCGACUCAGACCUGGAAAGUGAAAUGACCCCUGAGGAGAUUCUGGAGUGGGAGGAGCAGCAACUAGAUGAACCUGUCAACUUCAGCGACUGCAAAAUUGACCCUGCCCCCUUCCAGCUGGUGGAGCGGACCUCUUUGCACAAGACUCACACCAUCUUCUCACUCCUGGGAGUGGACCAUGCUUACGUCACCAGUAUUGGCAGACUCAUUGGGAUCGUUACCCUAAAGGAGCUCCGGAAAGCUAUUGAGGGCUCUGUCACAGCACAGGGCGUGAAAGUCCGGCCACCCCUCGCCAGCUUCCGUGAUAGUGCCACCAGCAGCAGUGACACAGAGACGACGGAGGUGCAUGCACUCUGGGGGCCCCACUCCCGCCACAGCCUCCCCGGGGAGGGCAGCCCUUCUGACAGCGAUGACAAGUGCCAGUGAAUUCCUCAGCAGGCGGCCUGGGGUGGCAGUGGCCUUGCUGUCAGCCCGGGUCCUACAGCUCUCCUGUCCCUUCUGCCGUGGGAAAGCAGGAGGCAGCUACAGCCAAAGGUUGGGGCCCCAGCCCCCCAUCCAGACCAGGGGCACCAGCCUCUGCUUGGAAUCUGACACAGCACCCACCUGCAGUGUUCCAAGGGCAGGAAGAUCAGCACUGCCCUGGUGGGAUGGGGAUGG